ACUUCCGGGUUACAUGAGCGUGCAGGAGUUAUGACUUUGUCCGGCGCAAUGAACAAGACAGCUACGUGAAUUACUUACAUUUUGUUAAUGUGCAUGAUCUGAAGACUCAUUGAGGGCAAGCCUUGCAUCAGUAUGUCAUCCCCCAGUUUUACAGAGGAGGUGGAGCGCAGAGAUGACAAGAGAAAUACGAAGCAGAAUGCGCUGAGGACAACCUACACUCCCACAGAGGAGGAGGUGAAGGUGCUGAACGAGUGCUUUUGGGAGAGUUUAUUUUAUAGAGCUGUUCCCUUCUCCGUCAUCAGCAUGGCUACUACUAAGCACCUAAUUUCAAGAGGGAUUUUGUCGGUAUCACCAAGGUUUGGAUAUCUGCCUAAAGUCUGCUUCGCUGGCUUCUUUGGCUACAUAGCUGGAAGGUUGUCAUACCUGAAAAAGUGCCGGGAAAAGUUCGAAAACCUACCGGACUCCCAGUUUUUGGAGCUCAUGAGACAGCAGGCGAGACUGUCUAGUUUAAAUACUCAGCCAGAGGUGAGAGAACCAAACGUCCCUUCAUACGACACCCUCAUGUUCCAACCUGCAGAAACACCCAGCAGCAUGUCCAGCUUCACCACAGGUGAUGGGCAAAUGGGCGAGCCAGAUGACACUCCAGUUCAGUCAUUUGAGGACGAGGAGCCGAAGAAGUCCAUCCUCUAUGAGAACCUGAGACUCAGAAACAGGGAGAACUACGAGGUGAUGCUCAAUCAGAAAGCUGACACGGUGAUCAAAGCGCCCUCAGAGAAGGAGAGACCAAAGAAACCGGUGAUGAAGAACAUCUAUGGAGAUACCUGGGAGGAAUGAGGCCUUUACGGAAUGACUACCAGGACCAGCGCCGUGGGGUCUCAGAUACUGCAGGACACAGGGGCUCUGCACUGUUCAUGUAGUUGUGAAUUUGUAAACUAAAUGACCGUGGAGGAGUGAAUAAAACUGAACUGGA